GUCACCCGUCCCAUCCGGCAUCGCUUGUCCGUGCGUCGCCUUCCUCCUGCAACCGUCUGGACCUUGCUGUCGUACUUUUUGAGCAGCCGCCGCUGUCCACUGACUCUGCCAAGAUCCAACAACCAAAAAACCCCCAUCGAAAAAAGCACCGAGAGUGAGAGAGAAAGAUGAGCACACGAAAUGACCACUCCAAAUGGAAGCUGCCCUUCCGGAUGCUCUCGCCGUCGUCGUCCUCCGCCAGCCUGAAGGCGGCCACCCCGCCGAACUUGCAGCCCACGCCCUCCGGCUCCUCCAUCAAUUCGUCCACCUCGACCAGCUCCUCUGGGCCCACGAGCUCCUCCAAGGCCAGCCGGAAACCCAACCAGCAGCAGGAUAUUUCGGGCCAGGUUCGGCUGCUGGUCGAGUCGACAUUCAUCCACCCUUUUGAUUCCCCGAGCUCCUCGGCCUCGAAAACCCCACGACCCAGCAACCCUCGGUCUCCCGUCGCGCCCAUCGACUCGCCGUAUUCCGGGCCGACGUCGGGCUCGCUCGAGAACCCCUCCGAGUACGCCGUCCAGAUCGACACAAGCCCGCAGUCGUUCGCUCUCGUUCUGAAGGACAAGUUCCUGCUUGCAAGAUUCAAGGCCUUUGCCAGAGAUGAAGGCUGUAUCGAGCUUGCCACAUACUAUGAAUCCCUCGCUACCCUCGAGCAGCGGCUGGCCUCCGCCGAAAACGAUUUGUUGGCUCACAUCAACCAGAGCCCCACCCGUACCCUCGACAAGUUCAUCGAAGCCAGCGACGCCGCCACAGUCGCCGCCGCCCGGCGAAAACCCUCGCUGGAUGUCGUCAUGGUCCCAUCCGAGCUGGUGCGGGGCUACCGGCUCUUCCACACCAACUUCAUCUCCCGAGAUGCCACCCACAUCAUCAGCAUUCCGCCAGAGAAGGCCCAGCUCAUCACGUCGCUGGUGCACGAAGCCCACAUCCCCUCAAACGUCUUUGACCCUGCCUCGGAUAUUGUGAUGGCGCAGCUCUACCAGCUGUUCAUCCGCUGGAUCGUCAUCACCGCCCAAGAGAGCAACGAGCCCGAGGAGCCUCCCGUCGACCUGGCAUUCCGCAGAACCCAGCGCUCCAACUCGACCGUCGGCUUCUUUGACAUGGACGCCUCAAGCCUCUCGUCCGCCCCGGUAGCUCCACCGAGGCGUUCCUAUUCCAAGAGCAUCCGCUGAAUAAACCUUUCUUUCAGCGCUCUGCCU